CUUCUCCUUCUCUCCUCAAACAUGAAGCUCCUUUCCAUGGCUGCCCUUUUGCUUUUUGCUCUUUUCAGCGUCUCAUCCGCCAUGGAUAUGUCCAUCAUCGGCUACGAUGCAACCCACAUGACCACCAACUGGCGAACUGAUGAUGAAGUCAAUGCUAUGUACGAAUCAUGGCUUCUCAAACACGGCAAAACAUACAACGCUCUAGGAGAGAAGGACAGGAGGUUUCAGAUCUUUAAGGAUAACCUCCGGUUCAUCGACGACCAUAACUCCGGCGACCACACCUAUAAGCUUGGACUCAACAAGUUUGCCGAUCUGACAAACGAAGAGUACAGGUCAACCUACACAGGUAUUAAGACGAUCGACGCUAAGAGGAAGCAGCCUAAGGUUAAGAGCGACCGGUAUGCGCUCCGGUCAGGUGAGGCGUUGCCGGAAUCCGUCGAUUGGAGGGAGAAAGGUGCCAUCACCGGCGUUAAAGAUCAAGGAAGCUGCGGAAGUUGCUGGGCAUUUUCAACCACGGGAUCUGUCGAAGGGAUCAACCAGAUAGUGACGGGGGAUUUGAUCUCAGUCUCCGAACAAGAGCUUGUGGAUUGUGAUACAUCCUACAAUGAGGGUUGCAAUGGAGGUCUCAUGGACUAUGCUUUUGAGUUCAUCAUCAACAAUGGUGGCAUCGACACCGAAGAAGAUUAUCCAUACACGGGCAGAGAUGGAAAAUGCGACACUUACAGGAAAAACGCAAAGGUCGUUUCUAUUGAUGGUUAUGAAGAUGUUCCAGUCAAUGACGAAUCAGCACUACAAAAGGCUGUUGCUAACCAACCUAUUGCUGUAGCCAUUGAAGCCGGUGGCAGGGAUUUCCAAUUCUACACUUCGGGCAUCUUCACAGGUCAAUGUGGCACAGCUUUGGACCAUGGUGUGCUUGCUGUUGGCUAUGGCAGCGAAAAUGGGAAAGAUUAUUGGAUCGUGAAGAAUUCAUGGGGUGAUGCAUGGGGAGAGUCGGGUUUCUUGAAGAUGGAACGAAACAUCAAAGAUAGUGUAGGCAAAUGUGGAAUCGCAAUGGAGGCAUCUUAUGCUGUGAAGACAGGUCAGAACCCACCGAACCCUGGUCCAUCUCCUCCAUCACCGGUGACACCUGAAACAGUGUGUGAUGAGUACAGCACUUGCCCUGAAGGCACUACCUGCUGCUGUGUCUAUGAAUACUAUGGUUAUUGUUUUGCAUGGGGCUGCUGUCCAUUGGAGGGUGCUUCUUGCUGUGAAGAUCACUACAGUUGCUGUCCCCAUGAUUACCCGAUAUGCAACGUGCGCCGUGGUACCUGCUCCAAGAGCAAGAACAGCCCGCUGGAAAUGAAGGCGAUACAGAGGAUUCUGGCAACACCAACAAAGGCGAAGAGGACAAGCGUUUGAAGAGGAAGAAGAUCUGAUGAUACUUUUGUUUAAUCGGAUACUUGAUUUGUAAAUACUGCAUUAUUCAUUCCUGUAUUUUUGAAUUUGAACUUUUAUUUCAACUACUUAAUUUAAGGAUCAUUUCUAGUUCCUAAUAA